AUGAUGUCAUGUUUCAUGUGGACCCCUGGUAGAGUAGCUGAUGCUUUGGCAGCGGCUAAUGGGGAUUCUAAUGAAUACCAAAUACAUGGACACAUCUGAAAUCAGGUUUCCUGAUGGGACUGAUAAAUGCAGAAAAUUGAAAAUCAAAAGAAGCGCUCUACCACAGCUACAGUACCAUCUUAAAUACGCAUAUUUGAUUCUGAGUUCGGACAUAUACCGUUUGCAUGUUAAAAAUAUUUCUACAAUGCAUACUUUCAGUUUUUCCGAACUCACUUGCGCAAAAGAAGGAUGCUAUCGCUGGCACAUGCGCAGAUCACAUACACCGCUAGUACUCUGAUUAAGGUACUAAUCAUUUGAAAGAUUGCUCAGAAAAUCUGGUGUUUUAAUCGGUGUAUGCUUACUUCGAUUAUGACCUUACGCCUACACAAAGGAAGCUAAGUCCCCAUUCAAAUUCAACCAAUCACUGAGUGUAAACAACAAAACAAACCACAUCCCCAGGGAAAGUAUAUAUUUAAAGUGCCUAAACUUUCCCUGUAUACUAAUUUACCUUAGUCAUGAGUCGUAAUUUACCUUAGUCAUGAGUUAAAUGAUCACCGCCUUUUUAUUUGCUAGAUAUCUAGCUUUCGGCCAAUCACAUAACAAGCUAUAUUUAAUGACAAAUAAAAUAGCUUUCUCACGAAAGCAGCUCUGACUGAGGCAAAGGAGGAUAGCCGUGUAUUUGCCUGUAUAGGUAUAAGGGGGUAUUUAAAUCAUGGUUACCCCAAUACCCUGGUUAUUACCACAAUCUCACACAUAACAUGCCAAUAGCAUAAUCUCAACCCAGUUAAAUUAAGUGAUAAUGUUUCCAUUAGUUUCUAACAGUGUAUAUAAGCUUAUAAAGCUAUAACAACAAAAAUGCAUUACAAAACUGCACAAUGUUUCAAUAUACUUCUGUAUGACAGAGCAUUCCUUUCUAUGUCUAUGGUAUAAACUGGAUCAUUGCCUGUUGCACGGGGAUAAACGAGUUACUAUGACGGAUAAACUGGCGCUCAAGGUUCAUGGAAGGUUGAGGGAUUUGUCGAUUGAAUGCACACACAACAAUGAAUUUGAACAGGCGAAGUCAACAGUCGUCUGUUUCCUGCCUGUAGCUGGGUCCUGUAUGGAAGCCCGUGCGAGGCUGUCCCGGAGACCCCGCGCUGCCUGCACCUCUCGUCUUGGUUGACAUGGACGAUGAAGAUGGCAGGUGCCUGCUAGAUGUCAUUUGUGACCCAGAAGCACUCAACGAUUUUCUUCAUGGAUUAGACACCCAUCUGGACACUGACGACCUAUUGGAUGGCUCGAGCGAUCCCACCAGCUCUUUCUUCUCUGGCGCUGGGUGCCACAUUCCAGAGGUCCUGCCCCCAGUCCAGCUGCCGUCCAAUGAGCAGCCAGUCUUGCCCCGGAUCAGUGUGGACCUGGACUUCCUGGAAGAUGAUGUCAUCCUGGGCGGGUCGCCGGGCGGUAGCGGUAGCAACACCAUGGAGCCAUGUGACAUCCUGCAGCAGAGCCUGGCGGAGGCUAACAUUACAGAGCAGAGCCUGCAGGAGGCUGAGGCAGAGCUGGACCUGGGCUCCUUCGACCUCACCAUGCCAGGCCUGACUCAGGUGGUCCAGACCCUGCCCUGUACAGACAGCCUGACUGGGCCUGGAGAGACCGCUGUGGGGGUGGGGCUCCCCAUCUUCCCUGGAGCUCCAGACUCCUCUGCCACCCCUCCCCAGGCCACAGCUGACAUGCUGGGCUCGGUGCUGGACCAACAGGGCCUGGAGUUUGGGCCCCAGGUCAUGAACAAGGCCCAGACCAUCAGUAUGCAGCCGUUCAUGCAGCAGGUGGCAGGCCUGGGUAACGUCACCCUUCAGCCAAUCACCUCCCUCCAGGCUCUACCAAACGGCUGUCAGUCAGGACACCUGGGACUGGGACAGAUACAGGUGAUGGGCCAGCCCACUGUGAUGACUAUGAACCAAUCAGGACAGCCCAUCCUGGCGAAGGGUAUGGGAGGAUACCAGCUGCACCAGCCUGGCCCCGAGGCACAGGGGGCAGGUGGGCAGGGCGGACUGGGAGGGGGACUUCUGAUCCAAGGGGGCAAAGCUACUCUGGGAUCUCCAGUUUUAAACGGCCCGGCGUUGUGCACUAACAGUAACACCAUCACUGCUGCUGGAAGCAUGGGUCAACAGAACCAUCCCCAAGGACAGGUCAUGCAGAACCUGAUCAUACAGCGAACCCCGACCCCCAUCCAGCCCAAACCCCCUCAGGGGGGCGCAGCCAUCCAGCCCAAACUGUUCAAACAGCAGCAGACCCACACCCUCCAGAACGAUGGCAACAAGGCUCUUGGGGGUCAGGUCCCUGUCUCCGCUGCCCAGAAUGUAGCCUUCCUGACAGGCAAGCCUGGCUCUAAUGUGGUCCUGACCUCUCAGGCAGGGGUUUCCCAGCAGGCACUGUUCAAACAGCAGACAGCUCACCACCCCUCUGGGAAAGCGCUCAGUGUCCAUCUGCUCAACCAGCCCGGCAGCAUCAUGCUGAGGGGGCAGAACCACCAGUUCCUCUUGCCGCAGCAGCUAGCCGGGGGUCAGAUCCUCACGCAGCACCCUGGGGGCCACAUCAUCACCUCCCGGGGGCCUGGGGGCCAGCUGAUAGCCAACCAGAUCCUGGCUCAGCACCAGAACAUCAACCUGGGCCAGGUGCUGACGUCUCAGGGCCACCCUCUGCUCCAGGGCCACCUCCAGCUGCAGCCGGGUCAGAUGGGGGUGGGACAUCAGCUCUUCCAGAUGCCUGUCACCCUCUCCCAGAGCCAGAGCCACCCAGUCACGGGCCACCAGGCCCACACAGUGAUCCAGGGCAUGCCCUUGCACAACUCCCUGGCCAUGCUGAGCCAGGUAGAAGGGUUGAGUCCUGCUGUCAGCCUGCAGCCCGCUCUGCAGCCACAGCCAGGGGGCGUUCCCAGCAGCGGGGUGGGUGGGGCUGCUGCCAUUGCACAGGGCCAGCCUGGGGGGAGUGUGCCGAUGCUGGGGAGUUGUACAGACCAAGCAGCCCACCCUGGACAAGCCCCUCAGCCCUCCUCCAUCCUCUCUAUGCAAGCUGGGCCCUCUGUCUCCAUGGCCAUGUCUGUCCCCUCCUCCUCUCCGGCCUUAUCUGUGUCCACCACACUGGUCCCACACCUAGCCCAGCAGCACAGCCCUGGGAGCAGGGUGCUCUUCACAGGCCAGCAGGGCUCCAGCAUGAUCCUCAGCCAGGAACAACUCCAGAUGUUCCUCCAGCAGGACCAGCGACAGACAGAGAAUGACCCCGUCCCCACUAUGUCAGUGGGCGUGCCAGCGUCCGUUAUCGUCAGCAGCAACAGCAGCUUUGGCCAAGCCUCCUCGGGCCAUGACAGCCAAUUAGCUGAGACAGCAGUGGUAAACCAGAUGCCCCAGGCGGGUGGCCAGCAGCAGCAACUGAAGCUCCAGAGCUCCUCCCAGCCCCUGGCCUCCCACACUGCCCUCCCUCUGUCGGACAGCCCCCAGCCCUCCCCUCUCCCCAUGCAUUCCCCCCAGUCCUGGCCACCUUCUCAACCCCAGACCCCCGCCCGAUCCUGUACCCCCUCCUCUCUUCCCCCAAUGUUCAUUAUCCAGAACCAGAUACCAGGCCCCUCCCAGCCUGCACUACUACAACAGCAGCAGCAACAACAGAUACACCUUCAGCCCCGGCCCCCCUCCCAGCCUGCUCUCUACCAAUCGGAUGUCCCCCCUCCCUCUCGCUCCCCCAAACCCCCCCACAUCCUCCAGGCCCCUCUGGCAGGGCUCCAGUUCACUGCUAGCCAGGUGGGGGACCCCGGGGGUGAGGUGUUGAAGACCCAGGUCUUAACAGCAGAGCGGCAGCACCGUCUGCAGCUGGUUGGUGCUCAGCCCUCUCCACAACAGAAACACCAGAUCCAACAGAACAUUCUACUACAGGCCAAACGGCAGCAGCAAAGCCAGCCCCAACCCCAACAACAUGGUGGUCAACAACAAGACGUGCCUGCUCCUCAGUCGUCUGUGCUGGUCAAGACUCCUGCCACAGCAUCCAAUGACGUGUUGUCAGGAGCUCAGGUGACCCAGGGGGGCGUGGCUCAAGCUAACCUUAACCAGUCAGCACACCAGCCUGGUCAACAGUCAGUACACCAGGCUGUGCAGGUGGGGGGGAUGGAGUCAGGUCUGGGUCAGAUGACCUCUACACAGCAGACUUUCAGCCCUGGUCUGGCCUCUCUACAAACACAGACUGCUGCUAUGAAGAUGCCUUUCAGUAUGGCUAAACCCAGCAAGGAAGCCAGGAUGUUGGAGCAGCUGAGGAAGCAGCAGGGCUCAGUCCUCCACCCAGACUACAGCUCUUCCUUCCAGUGCUUUGAAGACACUCUGACCCGCCUGGUGCCUUACCACCUCUACCAGGGCACUGCCACCACACCACACGACUACCACAGAGUGGAUGAUGAGUUUGAGAGGGUUUCCAGCCAGCUCCUGAAGAGAACGCAGGCUAUGCUGGAUAAAUACAGACACCUGCUUUUUGAGGAAUCAACGCGCCUUGGCCCGUCAGCUGAGAUGGUAAUGAUGGACAGGAUGUUUAUUCAAGAAGAGAAGAUCUCUCUGGGACAGGACCGCAUCCUCGCCAGAGACAGACCUGAGGAGUAUGUGGCCAACUCAAGGAUGAUGGAGAUUGAGAGUGGAGCUGCCAACAUGGCCCAGUCCAAGCCUCAGCCCCAGUCCCAGCCCCAUCCUGAGCCUCAGUUCCUGUCCCAGCCCCAUCCUGAGCCUCAGUUCCUGUCCCAGCCCCAUCCUGAGCCUCUGUCCCAGCCCCAUCCUCAGCCCCUGUCCCAGCCCCAUCCUCAGCCUCAGCCCCAGUGGUUUGAGCCCAGCACCGUAAGGAGUGGUGUUGCCCCUGAUCCAGCCCCAACACCGAUUCCGGCCCACUUCCCCUCCACCAAGCUGGUGAUAAAGCAGGGAGGAGCAGGGGCGUCUGUCUCCUGGUCCAGCUCCCCAGCUCCUGUGGCCAGGUCGGGGUCAGGGGUCAGACAGACAGCCGACACCCAGAGUCACAGCUCAUCCUUCAGCCGCGCUCCUCCACCUCCCUCCCGUCACUCACCCCACCACCCUUUCUCCUCCUCUCGUCCAGCUGAGGAUGGUGAUACUCUCCCCCGGAGGACCAGUAAACCCCCCAUGAAGACGUACGCCGCCCGCCCACGCAUCGGCUUGAAGCUCAAGAUCAAGCAGGAGGCGGGGUUUAGUAAGGUGGUGCAUAACACCGCCCUCGACCCGGUCCACACACCAUCCACACCCCACCCUAAGCCACAGCCACACCCUACCACCCAGCCCCACCCUACCACCCAGCCACACCCUACCACCCAGCCCCACCCUAAGCCACAGCCACACCCUACCACCCAGCCCCACCCUAAGCCACAGCCACACCCUACCACCCAGCCCCACCCGGCGCCUACACUCCCAACGACCCGGCCCCAACCGGCGCCUACACUCCCAACGACCCGGCCCCAACCGGCGCCGGCACUCCAUAAAGCCCAAACAGCAGCACUAGCCACGCCACCUUCUAUAACUGUCAUUAGGACUCCUCCCACUAGCUGUAACACAGCCUCCUCAGCAACGGUCUUCAUAGCAACCACACAGGCGACCCCCAGCCCACAGAGAGUCACAGCGCCUGCUUCCUCCUCCACGGCUCAGAUGAACGGAGCGUUAGAACAUCACAACGUGGGUGGAGUCAAGCGUAACCCCGCCUCCACGGCCACUUCCCCUCAGACCACCUGCCGCCUGCCUCUACGGAAGACUUACCGGGAGAACAUCAGCCCCCGCGUCCGACCGGGCGUACCGGGGGGAGGAGGAGACAGUGUCCCGUACCCCCGUCCCUCCCCCUCGCCCCCCAAUUCUCCCCCCCCACACUCCUCCCCCUCUCCCUCAGAGGGGACAGUGAUCGCCAGCUUGAAGCUGGAGAAGAGAGGAGGCAGCCCCAGGGAGGGGGGCUCCCACACAGAGCUCAGCCGGGAGGCCCUGAGGCUGGGGAACUCCUCCCCCUCCUCUCCUGGCCUAGUGCAGGGCAUCACAAACACCCAGCAGCAUCUCUCAGACAGAGAGGAGGAGGAGAGGGGGAGAGAAGGGGAUCAUUGGGACAGAGGGGCGGACAUGGGGAGGUAUAAGAGGGUGAGCAGUAAAAACCACCAGAGGUCAGGUGGCGGCGGGGGGGGUGAUACGUUCAGAAUGGACCAGCAUGCCCCUGGGCCCCCUUCCUCGCCGCCAGACACUUUUUGUUACAGAGACUCAUCACUUCCUGCAAAGCGCUGUAAGUCAGACUCUCCUGUCAUGGACAACGCCUCCUUCUCCUCCGGUUCCCCGCCACACGAUGAGUCUCUUAACGAGCACCUGCAGUGUGCCAUCGACACCAUCCUCAACUUGCAGGGCCAGGCCCAGGGGCCCACGCCGCGUGGGGCCAAAGGGGGCUCCGGCAGGCCACACCAGCGACCCGCGGCCCCCCAGCCCUCCUCACACACAUACAGACCCUCAGUCUCCUCUUCAUCUUCAUCCUCUCUGGCCCAUCACUCUCAGGUUGGAGGCAGAGGACUGGUGCCACAGACUCACAGCAGAUAACACACACAACAGUUGGGACUGAAGAGAGGAGAGAGGAUUAACUCUCUCACUGCUCUGACAAGCUCGGUUGGCCUUGUUUGUCCAUCUGAAUGUUGUUUACUUUACAAUGCUCACAGUCACUGGAUGGAUGGUGAUGACUUUCUCUGUAAAAAGGUAUGCUUUACUCUGUGGCAGUACCCUCUGCUCUCUCAACUACGCUCAAUCAUCAAUUUGAUUCAUUUGUCUCCAGUUUUUUUGUAUUAUUGAAGGUUUUCCUUUUUCAUUCCCGCUGUAUUCCAUUCUUUAGUCAUCAUGUUAUAGCUGCUGCCCGCCUGUCUGUAUAACCAAUAAGACCUGGGUCAUGUUCAGUAGGUAUAAAACAGGAGAAAACUACAGGAACUUGUCCAAUAAUAAGAGAUUUGUUUUUCUGUGACUAAAUGUUUUGCUACGGUUUGCUCUACUGAACAUAAUCAAGGCAAGACUGCAUAGAGCUCCCUAAAGCCUCUCUUCAGUAGGUAAACCACAGUGGAGAGGCUUGUGUUAGCUAUCUCAUCAUCAUUACAGCUCCACGUCUCUUUUUAUUCUGACUUCUAUCAUCACCACAAAUACACGUUCUGGUCCCAGCUGUUCAGUUCUUCUUAGCUAGAUGGUUAGGUUGUGUUUCUUUCAAAUACAUGUUGUAGUAUGGUUAAAUGUUGAGGUGGUUGACUGACUGGUGGCUGACCUUCUGGUUGACUGUUGAGGCUGCCGCUCUCUCUCGAAGAACCCUAUUACUGUAAUGACGAUGAGCUGUCAAUGAAACAUGUAAGUAUGAAAUCACCUUUACAUGUUAAAACAUGUCCUCUGGUUGUCCUGACCAUGGCUGACAUUCAGUAGGCUAGGAUGCAUUUCAGUUAACAUGGCCACAUUUAUCAAAUCUCUUAUUCUCUCCUUCGCCCCUCUCACUGUUCAUCCCAACAUCCUUAUCUUCAAAGCCUGUUGGACAAUUCAAACCCAAGAGCAACAGCAACAUGGACAAACCAACAAUAAUGUACAAAAAAAGAGAAUUUGAAGUAUAGUAUUAGAUUAAUUUUGUAUUGUAUUUAUUGUGUAUAAUGACACUUUUAAAUAAAUAAAUAAAACUGUAAAUUAAAUCUUUA